UGGGAACCCUUCGAAUAAAGUAAUGAAGGAAGGCACCCGCAAUCAGAACCGAGUUAAAAAGAAGGAAUGGUGGGAUAAGAAUGUGUGUGGGUGUUUAAGCAUUCUUUAAUCCCUCCAUCUGUUCUUUAAUACUUUCUGAAAGACCACACAACAAACGCAGUGCACCACUGUAUUUCUUCAGUCUUCCCUGCCUACUAAAUGCCACCUUUUAGAUUCAGAUCGGAUCCUGUGGCAAGCAAGUAAAUAGCCAUCAAAGCUCCGUCCUUUGCAGUUGUGCAGGUUCUUGUUUCUUACCGAUAUGAAGCCCAUGAGUACUUCAUGCACGGUUCGCAGGCUGUGACAUUCUGGUGGGGGUGUACAGAGAUUGAAGAUAUAGCAGGCACCUAGAAUGAAACAAUAGGCUGCUAGUGAAGAGAAUGGCGUCUCAAGGUGGUGGCAGCAGUGGUGCAGUACAAGCAGCCGAAUCGCAGAUACUGGCCCGCCAAGGGUCUCUGUAUGGACUCACCCUAGAUGAGGUCCAAAACCAGCUCAGCCACUUGGGGAAACCACUUGGCAGCAUGAACCUUGAUGAGCUUCUUGAGAGUGUGCGGAGCGCUGAAGCCGAUCUGGGCCCAAGACCUGGUGCAGCCGGCGUUCAGCCUCUUGCUAAGGAUCUCUGCAAGAAAACAGUCGAGGAGGUGUGGAAAGACAUUCAACAAGUAAAUAAGAAGAAAAAUGGCAUUGAGAAUCAUCUUUGCAAUGAGAGAGUGGGUGAAGAAGAGAGAGUGCCCACAUUUGGGGAAAUCACAUUAGAAGACUUUUUGUUGAAGGCAGGGGUUAUGGCGGAACUUCCUCCGGUUGGCCAAAAUGGUGGUCUGAUUUCAGGGCUCGAUUCAGCUCCAGCCCCACAGCCCUAUGUCCCUCAAUGUAUCCAGUGGAUGCAGUACCAUCUCCCCUCCAUCCCCCAGUCGCAGAAUGUCAUGACUGGCCCAACGGCAGGUGACCACAUGGUUCAGCCACGGAUUCCCAUUGUGACUCAUCCCUCGGUGGAUUUAGGCUACCCAGACACCCAAAUUUCUAUGUCCCCUUCCACAUUGAUCGGUGCACUUUCGGAUGUUCAGUCACCGGGGCAGAAUACGGUCAUGCCAGGAGAUGUUGUGGAGAAGACUGUGGAGAGGAGAAGGAAAAGGAUGAUUAAGAACAGAGAAUCGGCUGCUCGAUCACGAGCUAGGAGACAGGCGUAUACCCAUGAGCUGGAGCACAAGGUCAUGCGAUUGGAGGAGGAGAAUGCAAGGCUUAGACGGCAGAGGGAUGUCGAGAAGAUGUUUCCAAGCGAGCCACCUGCUGAGCCCAAGGGUAAGCUUCGCCGAACAAGUUCGGUGCCCAUUUUGACGUCUCACCACAUUUGAGUGUCAUGUGGAAAGCAGUCUUGUUGUUGCAGUUCAAAUCUACCAAUUGCACGCCCCCAACUUCCGUGUUUCCUGAGGCUACACAACCCCGUUUUCCCAACUUUCGGAGGAAUCUUGCCUGUGUCACUUCUUCUCCUUCCUUUUUCCCAAUACUUACGCUUGAAUGGUUUCAACUCGAAGCAAUUUGGUCCUACUGGUUUUACCAAUUUGUGAGGUCAAUUGUUCCACUUCCCCAACUCCUAAACCAUCUAUUGAAGUCCUUUUUAUUUUAUUUUUUUCCGUUUCUUCACCUCUUUUACAUCAAAGGACUUCCUGUAAGGUUCUCUUUGUGCAAAUCGGGAUUCUAAACAUCAUGUUUCUUUAGAAUUUAUGUCAGACUAGUCUGCAUGCCGGACAUGUAAUUCU